GAAAGCUUAGAAUGUUACCCAUGUGACAGUUUGAACAACCGAGCGAAAUAUGAAUGUUGAAUUGGGCAAAUUUCUUAAAGUUAUAUGAAGCUGAAGUGGAAUCAACAACAAAACAACUUGAAAACCAAGGCGUGAAACACUUGUGUGUGUUAGCUGUGAACCACAUUCAAAGAAUGGCAGAUAGUGACUGUGCUGUUGGUGUGUUGGUUGACCUUUCUGUACCUGAUCCAUUUGAAGAAUUCUUAAAAAACAAAGACAUUGAAGACAAAGAAAAUGUUUUUCCAAACAAUGAUCCGAUAGAGAUUGCUCGCAGUGAUGAUAGUGAAAGACGUCUGAGUCACACUCUUCAGAAGCCUUUGGAGCUAGAGGACAGAAUUCUGAAAGAUGUCACAAAGACUGUUGCAGGAAAUUCUGACAGAAACCUGAAAGAGAGCCCUGAAAUCAAACUUUUGGAUGAAGAAACUUUUGACUUUGAUUUAGCCAUGUCACCACAAGUGAGCAGCAGCAUCAGCAAAGACAUUGAUGAAGACGAUAUUGAUGAGGAGGAAGUGUUUUUUGGUCCAAUGGGGUUCACAGAAAGAAUUGUAGCCGCAACAGUUCCAGUCAAAGACAUAAAGCCUAUGAGUCCCCUGAAUCCCGCUCAAAUUGCCCAAGUGGUUAUGGAAGCACACAUGGUUGCAUGUAGGAUUGCCAACAUGAAACCUGAGCAGGAGAGUGCAGACGAGAAAUCUCCAGUCAAAUGCAAGCUCUUCAGUCCCAAUGGUAGAGUCCACACACGGAAAGGGACCUUUGUCAUUAAGGAUGACGAAAUGCGAAAACAGUCACCUAACAUUCGCAUGUCUAUACCAUGUAUAGACUAUGAUAACAGUGAGAAUAUUCCAGUGAAUAGUCAGUGUGCCCCUCAAACAGACAGGCCAGUGGAAGACACAAUAUCAGAAAUAGUAUCAGAUGGUGGCAGAAAGAAGCCAAAUGAAGAACAGGUUAAAGAGGAGAAAAAGCCAUCACGUCUUACUAAACUGCCAAGAAAUAGAAGCUACACAUUACUUAAAAAGGCCCCAAGUACUGAGAGUCUAGAUUUAGUAGGUCCAUCAGAGAGGAUGCGACACCAGAGUAGUGGCUCUGACAGAGCCUCCGAGACUGGCAGUGUUGCCUCUGACAACAGUGAUGUCCCCUUCACUAAACCAGUUGGCCAGGUUAGAGGCAGUCUGCAGCAGAAACUUAAGGCCCCAGUGGGUAAAGGUAGCCACAGUUCUUCUCGUAUGUCAAGACUGCAAGCUCCAGGUGGGUCAUCGGGUCUAAAGAAACCAAGUGGCAUGGUGAAGCCAGGGAGCAGCAGUGCACUGACAGUCAAGAACUUGCAGAGAGCUUCUCAAGUUAUCAGUGACCAACAGACACAACAUCAUAGAAGCCUCUCCAACUCCUCCAACUCCAGCUUGGGCUCUUCCAUCUCAAACAAGUCUGCAUCUCACCUGCCAGCUAAAACUGGUAUGCCCAUGAAGAGAUUACAGCUCAUGCAACCAAGCAAGAUACAGAAGAAUUCACUUGCCUUGAAUAGGAGCAAGUUGUCUGAAACAUCAACAAAGAAGUCAUGUGGACCCAUGAAGGCUGUGGCUCCAUCCAGUACACCACAUGAAAGCAUAGCCAAGUCCCCUAGACAAUCUACUGGUACAUCAAUGAGGACCCGAGGAACACCAGUAAAACCAGACAAGUCUGUUCAGCCCAAGAACCUCUCCAGUAGCUUCAGUACUCCAGUCAAGGCAGGGUCUCAAAGUUCAUAUGGUCAGAGGACUCCCUGUUCUGAGCGGAAGGAAAAGAGGAAGUCUUUCCUCCCAACCCCCAAUAAGUCCUCCACAAGCUCUGUGCCAGCUAGUCCCUUUUCUAUGCGGAGUAGUGUUAGCAGUAAUAGCUCAGUGAGUUCCCACAAAUCUCUGUCCUUGACGAGCGAGUCUCCUGUGUUUCUGAUGGAUAGGCCUGGCUCUGCCACACGGAGACGUAUUCCAUCAGGAAAUACCCGUCGACCCCUAGUGCAGCACACACCUGAUAUUCCGAAGCAACAAGUGUCUCGCUGGUCACCAGUGAGACGAACACGUCUGCUCUCCAAGGAGGACCAAGCCAUACAGUGUACAAAACGCUUUCAUCAGACAGCCAAGAAGUGACUCAUGAAAUAUCUAUGUUUACAGUACAGGUCUUUUAUUCAUUUUUUUUUUCAUAUAAUGACAAAUAAUAUUGUAAAUUGCAAAUUUCCCUUUGUCAGAAAAUAUUGGUUUCUGGUUGAAUUAGGCAAAUCAGAAUCUUGUUCUUGCUGUUUAUCAGAUUCUUUGUAUGUGAAUCUUCAACAUGUAUCAUUGUAUUGAAAAUUGUACAUAUAAUACUCAAGACAAUGUAGUGCUUUUAUCAAAUUAACUUUCAAGUGAUACCAGUCUUGUAUUUAACUGAUAUUUUUCAAAGUCUAGGCUGUGAUUGAACAAAACACAAAAAUUAUAUGAUGUAUAAUAAGAGUCCUAUCUUAUGAUAUGACACAGCAGUCACAUACCUGUAUGUUUUCAAUACAUUGUAUAUGCACUUCCUUUACAUAGGCUUGAUUGUGUGAGAAAAUGUCAUCAAUUGAACAUCCCAUGAUGGAUGACUUUAAAGGUAUGUCAAUAAUGUCACCAAUCUUUCAAUAAACCCUACAUGUUACUUUCUUUCGUGUAGGCAAAUUUGACCAAUGAAACUUUGUUGUCAUAUUUCUGGAUGUUCGCACAAUAAUAUAUUGUAUUGCUUUCAGUGGGUUAGUAUCUUACACUCAACUAAAAUAUGCAGUAAUUUCAUUCUUACUUUACAUAAAUAUUUCAAAAGUUUAUUCAAAUGCAGUCAUUACUGGGGAUGCCUAAGAUGAUAAUUGUAUUAAUGCAUCUCAUUUUCAAGGUGCAAAUAAUGCCUUACAGUUAACUUUUGUAUAGAGGUUGAAAUCUUUGUGAAUCUAUUACCGGUACUUAUCCACGCAGUUAUGUAUUAUAAUAAAACAAAUUUGUGAGUCCUUUAUAGGAAUAAAACUGAUUAUCCAAGGCAA